GCGGCAGGGGCGGAGGAGGAGGAGGGGGCGGGGCUGAGGCCGAGGCGAAUAUCUGGGCAGAAGGCCCCGCCUGGUGGCCAGAGGUUGGUUUCAGGUCCCAGUAGGUGAGCUGUCAGCUGUUCCUGCCACCUGCUCCCCGACGUGAUCUGUCCCGGGUGUCUUUGCUACUUUGAGGCCAGCUGUACGGAAUUGACUUCUCGGGGUUUGCCUACGUGUGUUCGGUGAACAUCUCUUCCUGUUCCUCUCGGCUGUCUCGGUCUCCCCAACUCUGGUGCCGAUUAUUCUGCGGGGCGUCGGUGCCCGAGACCCGAGGACUCACCCCGCUCCCCGUGGAACAGGGCCUCGUGCCUAGAUCAGCCUUGAGGGACACAAGGGACGCUGGGGACCCGGAGGCCCGCGCAGAAGUCAUGGAAGAGGUGACAUCGUGCUCCUUCAACAGCCCUCUGUUCCAGCAGGAAGACAGGAAUGGGGUUACUUACCGGAUCCCAGCCCUACUGUAUGUGCCCCCUACCCGCACCUUCCUGGCCUUUGCAGAGAAGCGUUCCACAGGCAGGGAUGAGGAUGCUCUCCACCUGGUGCUGAGGCGAGGGUUGAGGACUGGACACUCAGUACAGUGGGAACCCAUGAAGCCACUGAUGGAAGCCACGUUACCUGGGCAUCGGACCAUGAACCCCUGUCCUGUGUGGGAGCAGAAGAAUGGCUGUGUGUACCUGUUUUUCAUCUGUGUCCUGGACCAUGUCACUGAGCGUCACCAAAUUAGGACAGGCAGGAAUGCUGCCCGCCUUUGCCUCAUCUGCAGUCAGGAUGUUGGGCGCUCGUGGAGUGAAGUGAGAGACUUGACUGAGGAGGUCAUUGGUCCAGAGAUAAAGCACUGGGCCACAUUUGCUGUGGGCCCUGGGCAUGGCAUCCAGCUGAAGUCGGGGAGGCUGGUCAUCCCUGCGUAUGCCUACUGCUUCUCUCAUCGGCUCUUUUGCUUCUCGCUGGCAUGCAUGGUCAGACCCCAUUCUCUGAUGAUCUACAGUGAUGACUUAGGGGUCACAUGGCACCAUGGCAGGCUCAUUCAGUCCCUGACAACAGUGGAGUGCCAAGUGGCAGAAGUGACCAAGACAGCUGGUCACUCUGUGCUCUAUUGCAGUGCUCGGACACCAAACAGGUGUCGGGCAGAGGCUCUUAGCAGUGAUUGUGGUGAAUACUUUGAGGCACAGGCCCUGAGCCGACAGCUUUGUGAGCCCCCACAUGGCUGCCAAGGCAGUGUAGUGAGUUUCCGACCCCUGGUGAUACCAAAUAGAAGUCAGAACUUUAGUGACAAAAAUGCUCCUUCCAUUGAGCAGAACCCUCUGCUGGACAGUUCAUUGAAACUGGAGGAAGGAGCUGGAACACCAUCAGAAACAUGGCUCUUAUACUCACACCCAACCAAUAAGAAAAGGAGAGUUGACCUUGGCAUCUACCUCAACCAGAAUCCCCUGGAUACUAACUGUUGGUCUCACCCCUGGGUCGUAUACUGUGGGCCUUCUGGCUACUCUGAUCUGGCUGCUGUGGGGCAAGAAGGCUUGUUUGGAUGUUUGUUUGAGUGUGGGACCAAGUAUCAAUAUGAGCAGAUUGCUUUCCGCCUAUUUACAGACCAAGAGAUCCUGAGCUCUGUGAAGGGUGACUGACCAGCCUUCAUAUGAACUUGAGCCAAUUCAAGAUUAAAUAACUGGCUGAGGGACCCAACUUUCCAUAGAAAAGAUAGCAGGUUACUGAUGUCUAUAGAGAAUGCAAAAAUUUAAUGUUUUGUUUCCUAACAUUUGUCACUUGUUCAAAGAGCACAAUAAAAAAUUUGUCACAGCUA